AUGGUUGCCAUCGGUAUCCGAUCUCUCCUCUGCAUUCUGGGAAUUGCUUCCCUUGGUACAUCUGCCGCUGUCGAUACCGCCCAAGGCUGGCAACUGACUCAAUAUUGCACCGAUUUCUAUACUGUCAGCAACGGAGACACCUGCUGGGACAUCAUUGCGCGGAACCAGAAUAGGUUCACCAUGAGCCAGCUUCUGUGCUGGAACAACGAUAUCAACCCGUGGUGCUCGAAUUUGAUUCCAGGCCGACAGGUCUGUGUUGGAGUCCAGCGUCCUGGACCUGCCUGCUAG